AUGGCGGUGGAAUUUGAAAGUCUCAUUUCGCUGUUCAACACGUUCGAUGCGUAUGAGUACUUGGUAGAGUUGGAUUUGGUAUUGUGUGGUUCAGCAGGGGAAUCGGCCUUGGAUCAUAAUGUGGUCUUUCUCGAGUUGAACAGGUUGAUCAAGGUGUUUUGUGAUGGAGAACCCGACACUGCCGACAAAAAUAAGAACAAAACACAAGAAGCCGCGUCUUCUGAGGCCAAAGAAACAGCCAGCGAGUUUUCCUCUGCUUUGAUUAAGCUCCUAUCGAGAAACUUGGUGUGUGUUUUGAAAAAGCUUCCCAACAAAAUAUACGACACUGCAAACAACCUUUUACCUUUCGUGACAGUGGACGAGCAUGGAGGCUUGUCAGAAAGUGGGCAGGCUGCCACCAUAGUGUUGAUUGAUGUGUUUGAAAACUUCCCCCAUCAUCUUUCAUCGUUGGUCAACUUUGCCGCAACACAGUUGUACAAAAUCCUCAAAAAGAACACUAGUGUCGACUGUAACAUUGGUUUUCUCCUCAGUACAGUGCUUAAAGCGGCUCUGAAAACGGACAUUGACGAGAAGUUCCAGGCAAAAUGGAGCAAGCUCUUGCUUAAAGCCAUAACUCUGCAUCGUAUCGAGGUUCCUGAUGGAGAAAGCAAAGUUGCUGAAGACCAUUCUGAAAUUUCCAUUGCCCUCUUAGAGUACUACAUCAUGUCCAUGAAAAGUGUUUUGACUUUGCAAGUUACUUCAAACUAUCAACAACUCUUGGAAAUAUCUGCAUCCACGUCCGGAUCAAAAAUGAAGCCGGAAGCCAUCUUAUCGCUGCAGAACCAGUUCCAGACCUCACUUUUAGCCACACAUGAGAAGUUAUUCCAUUUCGGCCUUCAGUCACAGUUUAAGGAAGUCCGGGUCGCAAUGGUGGACUUGUUAGCAAAUGUGCUUCUCAGCUUUGUUGAAACAGGCAAAUUCAGCCCAAUCGAGUACUUGGUUAACUUAUAUCCUGUGCCCAACUUAAACUUAUGGGACAGACUGUUGGAAAGCAAUCUCAGUCUGGAAACAGAUAACUUCUUUGAACCUAAAAAGGAGUUCGGCCUCAUUUCAAAUCACGAUAGUCAAAGCAUCAUCAACUCUAAUGCAAACUUGCUUUUGUUGCAGAUUGGGUGUAUUGAAACUUUGGUGGUCUAUGUGCAACUUGCCAGUUUGCAAGAUGGAGAUUUUUUCCCUUCCUAUAUUUGCAAGAUUCUUGAUUACACUUUAAGCAAGUUUAGCGAUUUGAGCGCAACGACUCACUUGCAAAACCAACAGUGGACACGUACUUUGGAUCAUUGGUCAACUUUCGUAAAGUUCCUCGUGAAAGAAGGUGGUGCUACUAUUCAUGAAAUCUUGGCCACUUACAUUGUCGAAAAGUUCGCUUCCUCCCAAGAUGAUCUUGGAUCUCAGGAAGACCUCAGCACCGCGAGCAUGAAAGCACUGAAAAGACAAUCGAGAAUUUUCAGCUUCAAACCAUCCAGAAAAAGCAAACUUAAAGGACCAAGCAGUUCUGUGAUUACACCUUUCCACAAUCCUUACCAAGCCAGGCUUCUUUUGAAAGUUAUUGCAUUACUACUCCCUUUUGGUAUAGAUUUCAGUUCCCUUGCCCACAGAAAGUCUUCAGACGAGGACUCAAUUCAAGACUCUCAGGGAGAAGAAGCAAACGACGAGCUUGCAUUACCAGAAGAGGAGGAUCAUAUCACGCGCAAAGGAAGUAAUUUCAUUCGCGAUUUACUCUUCUCAUUGCUUGCCAAUGAGAACGAGUAUAUCAGAAAUUACAGUUUGCAAACCCUUCUCAGGUAUGGCCAAAUCAACUUUUCCGAAUCUAACAUGUUGGCUUUGACGGCGUUUCAAAUGGUAAACCAAAUGUACAAUAUCUCCGAGACCUCCAAAGAAGUUUCAGAGAGCGUAAAGGAAAGAAACAUGACAACGUCGAAUUCCACGAAAUUGCUUAGCUAUUCUUUGGCGUUGCUGUCGUUGAUAAAGCAAUCAGACAGUACUGUUUUGCAAAAUUCGACCAUCGCUAAGAUUUUGAGUUUCUGUACUCAGAAUUUGAAACAUAACAGCAAUGUCGCUAGGAAAAGUAUCCAGAAUUCUGUAUGCUGGAUCAUAUUAACGGCUCUUGUGACUUAUUAUUCUGACUCUGAGUUUGUGAAGUUGAACUCGUCGCAGUUUUUGGUUUUCUGGAAAAGUCUUUUGACCUCACAAUUUAUUACCUCGGACGUCACAAUGGCAUCAGAAAAUGGGCUGUUGAUAGAGAUCGUCAACAAUCUUAAGUUGAGAAGCUUGAGCAUUAUAUGCUUUAUUGAACUACAUCAAUUCGGUCCACUUGACACGCGAUUUGUCGAAGCAACUUCAGUUCCUUUUGGUCAAGGCACAUAA